AUGACGAGGGCGACGAGAUUCUUCACCGCCGUGGGCGCCUUUUCGCUCAUCUGGGUCCUCCUUCUCCUCGACAUUCUCCCCCUGCCCCUUGUUCCGCACGAGGUCAAGCAUCAGAUUCUCCCAGCGCUGCCCUGGUGGGUUCUUGUCUCGACUGGCUCAUACCUCCUCUUCGAGAUGGGUUGGGGCAUCUUUAAUUUCAACGACGUGCCCAAGGCCUAUGACGAUCUCCUCAUCGACAUCAAAAACGCAAAGGACUUCCUCGCAGCGAAGGGCGUCAAUGUAGACUAG